AUGCACUACUAUUCUUUGAUUUUCGUGUUUUUUCUAUCGAUUAUUAUCGUCGAUUCGAAACAUAAACAUGGUCCAAAAGGAGGCGCUGAAUUUUUGAAAAAUGUUACGGCAGAUGCGAGAAAGGAAUUUCAGAAUAUUUCAAAGAAUCCUGGAAUUUCAAUUCAACAAAAGGAAGAUAAAUUGAAAGAAUGGGCCAAGGAAAAUAAUGUUGAGGUUGGUUGAGAAAAUAAUUUUUGAAGAAUUUUCAAAACAACAUUUUUGGAUCUUAUGUUCAAUUUAGUUUUACGGGAACUUUUUAACUUUUCCUAAUUUUAAAAUUUGAAAUAAUUUUUGGGUUUGUUUUCACUUCGAAAUGUUUUUUGAGAGAAGUUGGAACGUUUUAUUCCAAAAUGGUUUCAAACUUUCUUUGAAAAAACCUAUGAUCAACCAACAAUUUCUAAAUGUUCAAUAUAAAUUUUCAAAUCCUAAUUUUUCAGGCGCAAUUCAACGAACAUCUCACCAAUAUGACUCAACACAAAGAGCAACUCAACAAAAAUGUUGGAGUUGUUGUCAGUCGUUUAUCCGAGGCAAAAAUCGAGGUCGACAAAAUCUUUGCUGAUAAAUCAAUGACCAAAAUUCAACAACAUGAUGCGGUUGAAGAACUUCGCAAAAAGAAAUAUCCAAAAGAAAUCCCAACAUUGUUCUACAUUGGAAAACUUUUCACUGAAGACGGCAAAAAAGAGGAGAAACAUACAAAAAGAAGAAAUUAA